UUUCAGCAGACAGCAGGGUGGGAGGAGACGACAACACAAAACAAGGGAGAAGCGGAGCUGAAGUCUGUGGGGGGAAAGGGGGAAUUAGGUGGAUUUAAAAUUGUAGCGUGGCAGUGGGAAAGGAAGAGGAUCAACAUCUGCGAUCCAUGAGUUUAUAGGAGUGACGAGUUUAUUGCAAAGCUGACAAUAUGACAGCGGAAGAAACAGUAAACAUUAAGGAGGUGGAGAUCAUCAAGCUGAUUUUGGAUUUUCUCAACUCAAGAAGGCUUCAUAUCAGUAUGCUUGCUCUGGAAAAAGAAAGUGGUGUUAUCAAUGGUCUCUACUCUGAUGAUAUGCUUUUCUUGAGGCAACUUGUGCUUGAUGGCCAGUGGGAUGAAGUUCUCCAGUUCAUCCAGCCCUUGGAAUGUAUGGAAAAGUUUGACAGAAAACGAUUUCGGUACAUAAUCUUGAAGCAAAAGUUUCUUGAAGCCUUAUGUGUCAAUAAUGCAAUGUCAGCAGAGGACGAGCCACAACAUCUUGAGUAUACAAUGCAGGAGGCAGUCAAGUGCCUGCAUGCAUUAGAGGAGUACUGCCCUUCUAAGGAUGACUAUAGUAAGCUGUGUUUGCUUCUCACUUUACCUCGAUUGACUAAUCAUGCUGAAUUCAAGGACUGGAACCCCAGCACAGCAAGAGUACACUGCUUUGAGGAAGCUUGCAUUAUGGUGGCAGAAUUUAUACCAGCUGAUAGAAAGCUAAGUGAGGCUGGCUUCAAGGCAAGCAACAACCGCCUUUUCCAACUAAUCAUUAAAGGGAUGCUGUACGAAUGCUGUGUAGAAUUCUGCCAAAGCAAGGCUACAGGAGAAGAGAUUACAGAGAGCGAAGUGUUGCUGGGUAUUGAUAUGCUCUGCGGGAAUGGAUGCGAUGAUCUGGAUUUAAGUUUGCUCUCUUGGCUCCAGAACUUGUCACCUAGUGUAUUUUCAUGUGCAUUUGAGCAGAAGAUGCUUAAUAUUCAUGUGGACAAGUUAGUGAAGCCCACAAAAGCAGCAUAUGCAGACCUUUUAACCCCCCUGAUAAAUAAACUUUCUCCGUACCCAUCCUCGCCCAUGAGGCGGCCCCAGUCUGCUGACGCAUAUAUGUCUCGCUCCCUGAACCCUGCUCUGGAUGGCCUUUCCUAUGGUCUAACAAAUCAUGACAAAAGAGCUACAGACCUGGGCGGUCAGACAUCUCCCAUGUCACACUCCUUUGCUAACUUUCAGUACCCUGGGGCUCAAAACCUCACCAGAAGUCUGUUACUGGAGAACACAGACUGUCACAGUAUUUAUGAAGAAUCUCCGGAGAGAACUUGCACACCUGAUGGAAGUUUACUACAGUCCAGCAGUCAUGAAACUUUACGUCACAGUCCCACUUCUAGCUCAAAGGCCAUGAAUGACGGCAACCCUCCUGGAUCAAGUCAGGGACCAGGAAAAACGGACAAAAAUGAGCUCCGAGAUUCAGCUGAGCACUUUCAAGAGUAUUACCGCCAGAGAAUGCGCUAUCAGCAGCACCUUGAGCAAAAGGAGCAGCAAAGACAGAUGUAUCAGCAGAUGUUAUUGGAGGGUGGAGUCAACCAGGACGAUGGGCCAGAGCAACAAUACAACCUCACAGAAAAGUUUCUAAACAGAUCAAUUCAAAAACUGGAAGAGCUCAAUGUUGGAAUGGAUAAUCUUGGGGGAGAAGUUCAGUCAUUAAGUCAGCAGUGCAAUGGAAAAAUUGCAAACUGUAAUCCUGCCACUGGAACUGGAACUGGUUUUAACACAAGUCCUGAAAGUGCUCACCAAAGAGAAAGCCAAACUGCAUCCACUAGCACUCCACAGAAAGCUGGAACUCGUGGAAUUCCUUCAUUAGAUGAAUCACCAGUAUUUGGUACUCAGAGUGCAAACGCAGCUCCUUUGUCCAGGGAACGUGUUACUCAGCCACCACAGCCAGGGGGUCUGACAUACUCGCCAUCACGAUUGCGUGCUGAGGAGAAUGAAAAACCUAAAACUCAGUUUGUUGCCAUAAACAUCCUUGAAGACACCCAAGCUGUCCGAGCUGUUGCCUUUCAUCCUAGUGGUGCUUUUUAUGCUGUGGGCUCCAAUUCUAAAACGCUGCGAGUGUGUGCCUAUCCAGAGGUUCUAGAUCCAAGUUCAAGCAGUUCCCCUAAACAGCCUGCAGUGCGUUUUAAAAGGAACAAACACCACAAAGGUUCUAUAUACUGUGUGGCUUGGAGUCACUGUGGACAGCUACUAGCUACAGGCUCAAAUGACAAAUAUGUGAAAGUAUUACCAUUUAAUGCAGAGUCCUGCAAUGCAACUGGCCCAGAUCUAGAAUUCAGCAUGCACGAUGGCACUAUCCGUGAUCUAGCAUUUAUGGAGGGACCAGAAAGUGGAGGCGCCAUUUUAAUAAGUGCUGGGGCUGGAGACUGUAAUAUCUACACCACUGAUUGUCAGAGGGGCCAGGGUUUACAUGCUCUGAGUGGUCACACAGGUCAUAUUUUAUCAUUAUACACUUGGGGAGGAUGGAUGAUUGCCUCUGGCUCACAAGACAAGACAGUCCGUUUCUGGGAUCUGAGAGUGCCGAGCUGUGUCCGAGUUGUUGGAACAGCUUUUCAUGGAUCAGGUAGUGCUGUAGCCUCGGUUGCUGUAGAUCCCAGUGGCCGUCUACUAGCUACAGGUCAGGAAGAUUCCAGCUGCAUGCUGUAUGAUAUUAGAGGAGGAAGAAUGGUACAGACGUAUCGCCCACACAGUAGUGAUGUUCGCUCUGUCCGGUUCUCACCUGGUGCUCACUAUCUGCUGACAGGCUCUUACGAUACAAAAGUGAUGAUCACAGAUUUGCAAGGGGACCUCACAAAACAGCUUCCAAUUACAGUUGUUGGAGAACACAAGGACAAAGUGAUACAAUGCAGGUGGCACACACAGGAUCUUUCGUUCUUGUCUUCUUCUGCAGACAGGACUGUAACUCUGUGGACAUUCAACGCAUGAAAUAAUUUCAGCAAAGUACUUUUGCAGCUGAAGCACAGAGACUCCAACAAAAUAACGACACUGACAUGUUUCUCAGAGGGGAAAGUGCAGAUAGGCACAUACUGUAUCAAUAUGCGUCUCUCUAUCUCUGCUUAUGCUGAUGGGCCUAUUUGUAUUAUUUCAUUAUGCUUCCAGUCUUCCACCUGCAUUCUUGCUUCUGUGACUGAUUAUAGUCCUGUUGCCCACUGUCCACAGUAGCUGUUGUUUGUCAAUGGUGCACUCAAGAAUUAAGGUUAAAUGACGUGUUUAAAGGUUUUUUUUUUAAUUGCAUCCCCUUCUUUUUUCUGUCAGCAACUGAUAAUGUAGACUAGAAUGCACAGAAAUACAAAUACUGCCCAACAUCAUGUAGGUUUUAUGUCCCAGAAACCACUGAAGUGCUAUGAUUUUAAAUUACAAAUAAGUAGAUCCUCUUGGAUUUCCUUGUUAGACACAUACUAAUUGAAUUAUACAUAGUGCCUUGGUGAAGUCAGUCUCCAUAGCUUUAUUAACAAAGAUUUAUGCCUCAGCAUUUCAUUCGUGUAAAGAAGGUCUACAGAGCGCUCUAAGAUCAAAUUAACAGUGAAUGGUGAUGCCUAAAGGCAGUUCUAAAAACUGAAGGUCAAAUUUGCAUUUCAUUACAUUACAUAUUAUGAGAUAUCAGACUCCUUGGUAAUCUUACACAAAUCAUCUACCACAAGGAAACAUCUAGAUAUUUCUAUCAGAAUCAUGGGUUUUACUAUCUUCAGAAAUCAUUGAAUUUAGUUGUAUUUUUUUAUUUCUGAUGAAGUUAUUACCUCUAACCAAAUUGUUUUGUAAUGUAUCAAUAUUUAAUAAGUAGUAAAUAUCUUCUUUGUAGAGUAAAUGAUGUACCAUAUAAUGUCAGAAAUUCAUCAAGUUGUUAUUUUUCUAAGUGUAAUACUGUAACUAUGUCAGAUUUACUGUUGUUAAUUGUUCCUAUCAGGUUUAUGGAGAACAAACAAGGAG